CAAUGAGAAACAACUAAAAAACGAUAGACUUCAUUUUCGGUGUUUGUGUGUGAAGAAAGCACGAAAGUAAAACUUAUACGUGAGGAAUUCGUCUCGAAGUUGCGGGCAAAAUGAGUAAAUACGGGAAGAAACAGGUGGAUGAACUAUCACGGAAGGUCUCAAUUUUGGAGGAGGAGAACAGAAAACUCACGAGGAAGAAUGAGGUGCUGAAGGAGGAGCUGGCAAAGGCGAAAAAUAUAAUGCGGGAACACCUUAUUAAGUCGCAGGAACUGCAACAGGAUUUGAUUGUGCAUCAGAUGAAGCAAUUUGAUCAAUCGACGGAGUCAACCUAUCAAUUCAAUCAAUUGCCAGUUUCGAGAUUUGCUCCUGGUGUGAUUGUAAAAUCCAACUUUACCCAUAAAAUGAGCACGCUCAAUGAAUCUCAGCGCGAGGAAGAGGAUUUUGAAGGAAAAAAUGAUUAGAUAUACUGUUAUUCUAUAUUUAUUCCAAUUAUUAUUUCUUUAUAAACAUUCUUGGCUAAUUAAUACAUCAGUAAUGAUAAAAUAAAAUUAACAUUGUCACUGCUUUACGAGUGCUUAAAAAUACUCUGUGAAUU